CUCUUCAGUCCUCCGCGUGGCUGCCUUCGCCGCUGGUCUACCCUCCUUCCAUUCUCGCUCCCGCAGCUGCCACGCGCCUCGCUCCCUCCCGCCAGCUAGAGAAAAGAAGGAAUACAGAUUUUGCUGUAUACUGUUAUAAGUGCUGUUCAUCUUGUUACUCUCAAGUGUGAAGCUACUGAAGCCAUAACUAUAACGAAGAUAGAUCGACUGACAGGCAUUGAGAGACAGACAGACAGACAAAGGCUAGUGCUUCUGUUAACGCAGUGCACGUAAAUUUGUCCCAUCGCUUGUUAAGUGAGUGAAGUUGACAUUUUUGAUGUACCGGAGGAAACUAUGAUGGUGAGGACUGAGGGAAUAUAGAGGAACAUGCAGCCAGCGACGCCUAUCCUCCAACAAGCGUAGUACACACACACACACACACACACACACACACGUACACAUCUGCACUCUUACACACGCAAUCACUAACGGGACAAUGUGGCAGCUGGUUCAUGUGACGUCACCUCCUGUCUGAGUCGAAAUCUAGUCGCCUUUAUCUUUCCGCCGAGCCAAGAUGCCAGAACAGAGUAACGACUACCGGGUGGUGGUGUUCGGGGCAGGAGGUGUGGGCAAGUCGUCCCUGGUGUUGCGGUUCGUCAAGGGCACCUUCAGGGAGUCGUACAUCCCCACCAUCGAGGACACGUAUCGCCAGGUCAUCACGUGCAACAAGAACAUUUGCACACUGCAGAUCACAGACACCACCGGGUCCCACCAGUUCCCGGCCAUGCAGCGGCUCUCCAUCAGCAAGGGCCACGCCUUCAUCCUGGUGUACUCCAUUACCAGCCGCCAGAGUCUGGAGGAGCUGCGCCCGAUCUGGGAGGUGAUACGUGAGAUCAAAGGCACCGAGGAGGAAUUUCCUAUCAUGCUGGUGGGAAACAAGUGUGACGAGAGCGACGCCCGGGAGGUGCAGAGCGCCAUGGGGGAGAACCAAGCCAAGGCGUGGAAGUGCAACUUUAUGGAAACGUCGGCCAAGACAAACCAUAACGUGAAGGAGCUCUUCCAGGAACUGCUCAACAUGGAGAAGAACAGAAAUAUGUCACUGCAGCUCGACGGCAAGAAAAAUAAGUCACAAAAGGGCACUCGUAAAAUAAAGGAGAAAUGCCUCCUUAUGUGAAGAGGAAGGGGGAGGAAAACAGGAGAACGGAGAGUGGAUGGAGGAGGAGCAGGAGAGAGAAGUGUACCUUGACUGUGAUGAACAAGGUGGGGCGUCCCUGGUGUGCCAAAGACACAGAUAGUGUGGCCUGGCACCGCCGCCAGCCGGACACUCCCCUGACUCCCUCAACCCGCCGACAGGGUGCUGCUGCCGCCGCCGCUCCGGGUCAAAUGUUGCUGGCACGCGACAGUGGUGCGGCGAGUGGCCUCAACGUUCCAUAAUACUGAGCACAAUAUCCAUGGCAAUAUCGUGGCAUAAUGAGGGGUGACCUGACCUCACCUGGCGGCGAUGAACGUACCUGCAGGUCUACCGAGGCCGCGUCCGGCCAGACCUUCUGCCUCACAGGGACCAGUUUCUCCUGCACAACAUGAGCGUAUCAUAGUGUACACAAGUGUUCCCCUUCGGCCAGCCUCGACGUGCGUGGCAGGGCGGCCGGACGACUCUGUGCUGUACUUCAAAGGCAACGAUUCUUAGCCCUUGAGAUUUUUUUUUUUAUUGUGUCCGCUGUAGUCCCUCGCGCAGACUCCUGGUCGGUAGAUGAUAAAACAGGGCGGCGUGUGGGACACCCGCGCGGCUAGUCUCUUCCCACAAGUUAUUUCCAGUAUUGACCAUCAGUCGUGUAUGCGUGUUAGUGAUGCUCCUUUUGCGGGAGUGGACACCGCGGGAGGCGAGAGUGCUGGCCGCCGCGCUGGGACCCGCGCCUCCCUCCCUCAGUAGCUGACGUAGUGGGGUUAGUUAGCGUUGUUUACACCGCCGGGUGCGCCCGCUAGAGGCUCCACCUUCACAUAUAUUCUCUGUCUCAAAGAACGAUUUUUUGUUAUUAUUAUUAUUAUUAUUAUUAUUAUUAUUAUUAUUAUUAUUAUUAUCAUUCUUAUUAUUAUUUUUGUUGCGGUGGGAGAGGCGAGGUGCGCGGCGCGGCGACGCAGGACGCCCGCCCCGCCACGCCCGCCCUCGCCCACCUCAAGGAGUAUUUUGCAUUUUUCCAGUUUGAGGAUAUUACUUGUUUCAAAUACGUAUAUAUAAAUACAUGAAUAUAUAGAUAGGUUUAUAUGAUAUUGUAUUAUAAGGCAUCGCAAUAUACAACAUAUAUAUAAAACAAGAGAGCUCUCGAGAUGAAGGCGAGGAGAGUGAUGGGUCGAGGGACGUGGUGACCAGAACGAGAAUCAAACACGAAGCUCUCCAGGAGGCCGGGAAGCCGCCUCUGCGUGUGACUGUUUCCCCCCGCAGCGGCACCCCCCUCGGCACCCACCUCUCUUCCCUGGGUGGGGGGAGGCUAGGGGAGGGGGACGAGGGGAGGCACUCAAAUUUACCCCCCUCCUCCCUGUCUCCUCCACGCCCCCCUCCUCCCUCACACCUCUUGUAUUUCGAGUUCCAUUGUAAUAUAUCACGAAUAACUUUUUUUUUUCUGUUGUUCCUCUUAGUGAACGGAUAUUGUUGGUAUUAAAGUAGCACCUUACUGUGUGUAUGGAGAGAGAGAGAGAGAGAGAGAGAGAGAGAAAGAGUGUGUGUGUGUGUGUGUGUGUGUGUGUGUGUGUCCCAGCUAAGGUCUUCCACUUGGUAAACUCACACGUACCGAGUCCCGGCCCUGUGUACCAUGGCUAGACCUGAACCAUACUACCGUGACACCACCUGUACCAUCUGUUACCAUUACCGUGACCUACACUAGCCAGUACCGUGACUCGCCGGCUGCUGCACCACGGGCCAUGUCACGCUGUACCGCCUCCUUACCAGUGUUACUCGCGUGCCCCCCUCCCAGCCACCCCCUCCGGCUUGCCAUUGCGCUAUUACAGUAUCGCCAUCUCGUGCACCUUUCACUUCCCUAUACUUUCUGUGCUUGGUUUGGAGUUCUUGGUUCAAGGGUCUUGUUUAGUGUCUACUUCAUGUUUCACCUUUACCUUCAUUCAGUACCGCAGACUUCCGAACGCUACUUAUUAGUCAGUUGUAGCAGAGUAAAGAAGGUGGAGUUGUACUGAAUGAGUUACUGCAUCAUCUAUAAACUUCAAGCCCCCCAAAAAAAAGAAACAAAAAAAAAUCAUGCUUAAUUUAAUCAGGUUUUUUCAAUGAUGUUAUUUGUGAGUCUUAGUUGAGUAAAGAAGAGGAGGUUCUGCUGGAUGAGUAACUGAAGGAUCUGUGUAUAAACUCCUUGGUAACGAAAAAAAAAAAAAUUGCUUAACUCAAUCAGGGUUUUUAAUGUUAUCUAAAAUGUAAUGCAGUCCAUGCCUUGGUAUUGAAACGAUUCACUUUUUCUUUUAAUAUGCAGGUUAUUUAAACAAAUCUGCCUCCUUUACCUCGACGUACCCUAGCACACUCUUACACUUUUUUUUUUUUAUCCUCCCUACAGUCCAUUUUCAAGUGUUCACUAUUUUUACAUGUACUUGUUCCAUCUUCCUUCCUUCCUUCCUUUACUGUCUCUAAACUAUUUAUUAAACUAUUAUUUUUUAGUCUACAUCCACCUCCAAGCAUUUUUAGUUUCUUUUCUAUGCCGUGAAUUGUUGCAUAUUGCAGUGAAAGGGUUAAGACUCAAAACCACUGAAAUUUUUGUUCAAACUUAUUCUCUAAAACUUCCAGUCCUUAAAGCAGCUUCUUUCCUAUUCUGUGACAGUGUAAAUUAAGAAAAUCCAUAUCUAAACUCACUCUUUGGUCUCCUAAAUUCACAAGACAGCUUUUUAUUGACUCAAAGACACCACAAAUCAACACAGUCCUUAUUCAAACCCACUUAACUCCAUACCAGCUCAGGGAUAGUCCAGAUCAACAGUGUCUGCUUCCAAAGCCACUCUCUGAUCUUCCUCAUCCCCAGAGCAGCUCACUAUCGACCCUAAGACAGUGCUAAGUCCUUACAAGAUUAAUGAGCAAUCCCCAGGUAUCGCCUCUGCCCUGAUUAACUAAAUUACCGAGGUCGUUUAGUCAUUAUCUCCACGACGCUGUAAUGUUCAAGUAGGUGGCGUGGCUGGAGUGAAGGGAAGGAAUGUGUGUGUGUCUGGUGUUGGUGUUGGUGUUGGUGAUGUGGAGGGAAGGCUGUGGUGAAGGAUGUUCUGUUGUGGUGUGGUUUACCUAAGAGAGUAAUUAUUUAGAGUGUUUUGUUGCCUUUUAUCCUUCACUGGAAUCAUGGAGGUUGGGGAUGACAUGUAAAAGAGAGUAAAGUGAGAGAGAAAAACAAAGGUAGAGAGUUAAAAGUUGAGUCAUGAUGAUGAAAAGAAGUAGGAUGGUUUUGUGUUUUUAUUUAUAAUUAUUUAUGUUUUUUGUAUCUGUCUUUUUUAGGUGAUGAGUAACUUGAUAAUGAUUUUUUUCUUUUAUCGAUUGAGUGAAUUAAAAGCUAAAUGAAAAAGAAUAAGUGAUACGGAUGAGAGAAGGACGAAUAUGUAUUUAUAUAGUUAUUUCAGUUAAUUCUUAGAUGAGAGCUAACUUAACUCUUAUUUAUACAUUUAUUUUAUUAUUCUUUCCAUGGAGUAAUUUCAAAGCUUCUAUUCCAGCAACGUGAUUUUUGAGCCCCAACCCCUCUCACCAACUCUUCUUUACGUUCUACUUAUUAUUGCAGCUCCUUCAUUCGCUCAAGCAGUCAGGACGCAUGCCAGAGAAAUGAAGAGAGAGUUAGAUUUACAUAGGCUCACACUAAACUACCCAGCCAUUAAACCUAGAGACUUGUGGCACUUUGAGGACUUGUAAGGGAGGCUGUUCCUUGUGGAUUAUAAGUACAAGGGAGGUUUAAAAAAAUGUGACCUUUAAUCUUGUAUAGGGGAGAGGAUUAGAUGGUUAAGUUGCUGUGUUCUCUUUUAGCCUCUCUUACCUUGCCUGUUUCAUUCUUCCUUCUUUCCUACCAUGUUUUUCCCUCUCUUCCUCCAUCUCUUCUUCUUUCCCACCUGUAUCUGUUAUCCAUGCCUUGCCAUCCUCUUACCUUUCCUUAUUUUCUCUAUCUUCUUUUCUUCCUUCUUUCCUUCCUUCCUUUACUGACUCUAAACUAUGCCUGCCUCUUGCCUUUCUUUACCUGUUCCAUCCAUUUUAUUUCUUUAAUACCUCUCAUCCAUGCCUCUCUCUCUUACCUUUCCUUGCCUUCUUCCCUCUUCAUUCUUUCACUACCUCUUAACUAUAUCCCUUACCUUACCUUACCUGUUCCAUCUCCAUUCCCACUUUCAUUACCUAUUAACCAUGCUUCUCCUACCUUCCCGUGUCUCUCCCUUCCUAUUCCUUCCCUUCCUUCCUUCCCUCUCUAUUAAUCAUGACUUGUGCCUCCUUCCUCAGCCUCGACCACAUCCUUCGUUCCGUCCCAAGCUCCACUUAGGGUUCGCUUCAUUGCUUUUUGACAACUCUUAAUAGUCUUCCAAUCUUCUGGCUCUAUUUUUCUUUCGUGUUAUGGUUCCAGGUCUUGUUGCCUACUUGUCUUUCGUCUUUCUUUCGUUUUCUUCAGCUCAGUCUUCUUUUAAGUGUUCUUGUGAUUCUUUUUCUUUAUAAUGCAGUCUUUCUUUUGUCUUUUUUUUUCUCACGAUUUGUCUUUUUCUGUCUUCUUAAUCUUGUUUGCCAGUCUUUAUUCCCUCGCUAAUAUCCUAUACAUUUCCAGCCUCGCGUGACAUCCUUGCCUCCUCCUGCUGCUUUCUCUCUCAUCUGGUCAGCCCCGCAGCUCCUCAUAACCUCAUCCCCUCAUCCUAACAUCUUUUCCCCUCAUUCCCUCAUCCCCUCAUCCGUCAACUCCUCAGCUGUUCAUCCCCUCAAACACUCAUCCUUUCAUCCAAGCAUAUUCCCCUCAUCCCCACUAUUCCUCAACCCCUUUAUCAGCUUAUCUCAUCCCCUUCUUUCUUCAUCCCUUCAUCCUUAAAGUUCCUCAUCUCCUCAUCCUCUCAUCCCUUUAUUCCAUCCCUUUAUUCCCUUAUCCUUAAGUCUUACGUGCCCGCAUCCUGUCAUCCCCCACUUCCCUCAUUCCCCUCCCCUCCCUCUACUCCAUUCAGUGUUCCGCUUCAUGGCUCUGUUCCGCGUGGGCGAUAAGAACCCCAUUCUCAACUCUUUUGUUCUCCCCCUAGAAUCAAUAUGGCCGAGCCCAUCCCUAGCCCUAUUUUUAGAAGUUAAUAUUUUGAGGUACGUUAGCCGUGUGUGUGUGUGUGUGUGUGUGUGUGUGUGUGUGUGUGUGUGUGUGUGUGGCGCCCCUGAGGACAUCUAUACCACCUCACGCGCGUGCCUCCCUCAGAACAAAGCAUUAGGGCACUUUAUACUCACGGCAAUGUCCGUCAGAUGGCGCUGGUUGGGUUCAGGAGGGCAUGGUGUAGUGGCAGCACGAAGAGUCGAUUAAUACGUAUUUAUUUUCUCUCGUUUCCACAACAAAUGUCAAAUAAAGUCCAAACCUUUUUCUAGUCACAAUUUUCAAUCCCCACGAGGGUUGAUGAUGAUGAUCAUUUAUGAUGAUGAUGAUGAUAAUGAUGAUAAUAUAGCUGUUUUUACUCAUGUGUUUGAAUAAUAAAAGCCAUCACGUAUUCCUGAAAGUGACGUCAACAAUACCACAAUACCUGUGUAGCUGAGGGACUGCGUGACUAGCUAACUGACGUGUCCUGUCCCUAACCUACAUACAUACAUACAUGAGAGUUCAUAAUCCUGCAAGAUGAGGAGGAGGGGAUUCGAAAACCUGAUCUAUACACGCACCAGGAAGUCACGGAGGGAAGAGAGGCAGCGGGUGACGUCUUGUUUUCAUGCUUAACUAUACCAUUAAGGAAAUCCUGGAGCCGCAUUCUCAAACAUUCCAGCGUUUUCCCUCGACCACUUUAAACAGGCUGUAGUGGAAGUUGUGUGGCUCUCCAAGGGUGUUUUUAUUACUCUAGUGAUAGUUUGACAAUUCUCUGCAUCAUAAGUGGAAAAAAAACAUCUAUGGGAACCUGUCUAAUAGUAUCUGUAGCCUCUGAAAACAGAACUUGCGAGAUUCCGAACCGUUUCGAAACAGAGGGUCCUGUUAGUGAAUUAUCUACUGGGGGGACUCUCUCUGUCUCUCAGAAUUUCCGACUGAAUGCUCACACAGCCAAACGUGACUGCCAGAAGGAAGCUCUCGGUUAUUUUUAGACUGGACGAGGAAGACAAGGACGAAGUAAUUGGAAUUUUCUCCUUAUCGUUGUCAAGGAGCGGUUAUUGGCGGCCGUUUUCUCUCUCUCUCUCUCUCUCUCUCUCUCUCUCUCUCUCUCUCUCUCUCUCUCUCUCUCUCUCUCUCUCAACAUCCACGUCCAGGAGGCAGAAAGAGUAGUGAAGUAGGUAGAAAGUGAAGGGAAAAAUAGCAUCUGGUUGACAGUCACUUUGCAGCUCAUUAAGUGAAUCACUUUGAGGACAUAACGCGUUUACGAGUUAAUACGUGGAAUGAAGAGUCGCUGUUUGUUUCCCUCAUGUGCUCCUCGCCGCGUCCCGCCUCACCUCACUGUUUUUCAUGGCAAAUUUUUGGGAGACUGCAGCACCAUCGAAAAAAAAAAGUAAUAAAUAAAUAAAUAAGAAUACAUUAAUAAAUAUACGAGUCUAUACGUCAUUUGAUUUUUUUUCUUUUUUGUGAGGUUAAUCAAUUCGGCUAAUUCAAAAGUUUGCAAUGAUGAUAAUAUUAAUGCUAAUAAUGAUGAUAAUAAUAAUAAUAAUAAUAACAAUAAUAAACAUAAUUAUCCACAACACUGGAAAUCAUAACAAAUUAACAGAUAAAGAAGUUAAUUACAAAAAAUAAGGAUGAUGUACCUCGUGUGCUCAGUUCCGUGGUCAGCCAACAAGCAGGGAUGACAGGCACGAUAAACUCACUGACACCACACCAGUCCUCUUUGACAUACGCCUGACACUUAGCACCUUAUCCUCGUAUCUGAAAGAACCUGAAGGAAGUCCCCGUCAUUACCACCUCCCCCAUAUGAUUGACUGAAUGAUAUUUAUUGCCAGUAGAUUACAUUUUGGUAUUAGAAGUUACAAAAAGUUGCUUCAUGGCAUAAUAAUAAUAAUAAUAAUAAUAAUAAUCAGCUGAGAGGUUGUGACUUUAAUUAAUGUGUCAAGGAGAAACUGUCUCGUUAUCUCGAAUACAACGCAACUGAGGGGCCCCAUAAACAGUGACGGUCAGUGGUUUUGUAACGUGCCACACUUAGUACUUCCUCCCACUGUGUUUAACUUUCCCCCUCAGUCUUAAUUCCUCUGAUGCGCUAAGAAUCUAUUGUCAGGUUUUGUUAUUAGGUUGUUAGUGGAUGAGAGGACUUCAGAGAGAGAGAGAGAGAGAGAGAGAGAGAGAGAACAUGAAAUGGAAGUGAAUGUAGGUUGCUGGACUCUUGACCUUGACUGUACUACUCCCUCCCCCCAAAUGAGUGAAGUGUAGGAGUGAGUAAUCAUCCUUUCCCUGACAUCACACCUGCUCAUUCCCUCCAAGAAAGUUUUACCAGCAUUCAAAGUUACAGUCAGCCGGUCAUCACCUCUAGUACACUUUCCACCAGGUAGCUUUGCAAGUAGAAAAAUUAUAAACAUUCUUUCCCUGACGUCACUUCCGCUCGUUCCCUCAGCUGUAAAGUCCUAACAGCAUUCAAAGUUACAGUCAACUAGUUACCAUCUCUAAAAUUGAACGCAAAUGGCUUCCUCAUAUAUUUUCCACCACCUAGAGAUGUAAGUAUGGAAGUACAGAAGUUACACGUAAUCAUUCUUUAUCCCUGGCGUCACCUCUGCUCUCUCGUUCCCUCCUUCGGCAAUUCCCAGCAGCGUUCCAAAGUUUCCGAGAUCCUCUCCUCGUUUGUAAGGUUGUCUCGUCGAACCCGAUUCGUUAUACUAAGCCUGUUAAUGAUAAAACUUUCGUGCGUGUGAGAGGUUUGUGUAUAUAUCAUGUCUCGUCCUGUGUGCGUGUGCGUGCGUGCGUGUGCUUGUGUGUGUGUGUGCGUGUGUGUGUGUGUGUGUGUUGGGUUUUUCCUCACUGAUUUAUGUCGCUACUUCUGUACAUUGCCUGCCGUUGCAUAUUUCUCGCCAUGUUUCUCAAGUUCCAAAGGCUCAAUUUUUUGUAAUCAGUGGUUAUCUUAUUGAGAGAGAGAGAGAGAGAGAGAGAGAGAGAGAGAGAGAGAGAGAGAGAGAGAGAGAGAGUGUAAAAGAAAGUAUACAUGACAACACGAUACGACAGGUGAGCCUCACGUAACCAGGUGGUGCAGGUUAAUUACUGUACAUACAUAAAUACUUACAUACGUACGUACAUGAUAAAAUGAAACCUAGGAAAAGUCCCCGCCCAGCCCCUCCCUGCCCGCCCCUCUGCAGCCAACACAUAGAUAAUAAUGAUAAAAAUACCUUAAAAAAAUGUUAUGAAAGUACAAGGCCAUGUCUGUUCCAGGGUCACGUAAUCAUCAGCCAUCCUAACUAUUUUUUUAUAUUUUUUUAUUGGAUAGAUUAAGCCCUACAAUUUUUUUUUUUAAUGGUGUAUUUAGUUUUCUUUGUACAGUAUUAGUAUUAGUUUUCUUUUUCUUUUGCUGUGUUUAUCGUUCAAGUUACCAGAAAUAUGAAAGAAAAAAAUGUACGUAUUUCUUUGUGUUUCUAGUAAAUUGACCAACUCAUGCUAAUAUUGUACUGGAAAAGCCAAAUAUUACAUUUAAAAAAGCAGGUAUAGGUUCAACAAGGUUCAGCGAGGUUACUUAAAACUUAACUCAAUUCGAAGUGUCUUAACAUUGCCUAACCCAGUCUUAUCUGACACUAACCUACUGUAUUUGGGAUGAGUAAGGAUCUUAGAUAAGGUUAAAUAAGGCUACCUAAUCUAAUUUAACUUUACCACCUAACCUAACUUUCCAAACCUAAAUUUACUUAACCUAAUCUACUUUUAUCUACUCUAAACUAACCUGACUUUUUCCUAACCUAACCUAA